ACACACGGCCAACAUGGCGUCAAACCCGCCCAUCAUAACAGAGCAGCAGGAGCUGCAGAGGAGAGCCAAUCAGGUCACAGAUGAGUCCCUGGAGAGCACAAGGCGGAUGAUGCAGCUGGUCGAGGAGAGUAAAGAUGCCGGGAUCAGAGCUGUGGUUAUGCUGGAUGAACAAGGAGAGCAGUUGGAGCGUAUUGAGGAAGGCAUGGACACCAUCAACAGGGACAUGAAAGAGGCCGAGAAGAACCUGACAGACAUGGCCCAGUGCUGUGGUCUGUGUAUCUGGCCAAUCAGGAAACUGAAGGCCUUUGAGGAGAGCGGGGCGUACAAGGCGGUGUGGGGUGGAGGCUCCGGUCCAGAUGGCGUUGUCUCCAAUCAGCCGGCGUCGUCUCGAGUCUUGGAUGAGAGGGAGCAAAUGAUCAUGAGCGGAGGAUACAUACGGAGGGUGACUAACGAUGCCCGCGAGGACGAGAUGGAGGAGAACCUGACGCACGUCGGCAGCAUCAUCGGGAACCUGAAGAGCAUGGCCCUAGACAUGGGCAACGAGAUCGACACGCAGAACGUCCAGAUCGAACGCAUACAGGGAAAGGCUAUUCUCAACGUGUCCCGCAUCGACGCUGCCAACCAGAAAGCCAACAACCUCAUGAAACGAUAGAAGGAGCCUCUCUUCCAUUUUCUACUCUUUUUCUACUAAUUCAUCCUACUUGUAAUUACGUAGCUUUUGCAUGCUGUGCCAACGUUUUGCUGCCUUUUUAGUCUCUGCUUUAAAUAGGUCACUUUCGUUUUAUUCAAUAUUUUAGCAUUUGAAGAAAAAAAAACGUUAUGUUUCAAAACCGUAUCCUAACUGAACGUUGACAUAUACC